CACUCGCAGCUCUGCCCUGUGGUGCUGCCUGCCCACUGAACCUGCCCUAUCCCAGAAAAAGGGGUCCCUGAGUCCAGGACCCACUGAGAGGCAUCUGCUCCCCCCUCUGCCCCUUGGGCUCCCCCAGUUUCCCUGUCUUGGUUUCACUGCUGGACAGCAGGUUGGCAGUAUGGGAAUGGGGCGAUGGGCAAUCAGGGGUUCUCCAGAAGUUUGGGGAAGGAUGGACAUGAAGCAGAAGGAUGUCUGCGAGCUCUGGGUGUGGCUUGAUCCUGGCCACCCCUGGAACUCCAUGCCAUCAAGCCAGACCCUCUCCAGCAGUGGAGUCUGAGUUGUUUGCCACCAGCAUAAGAAUCCACAACCCCUUCUGAGAGCACCAGGCUGUGGCUCAGCCUGGGGUAACAGCACAACCAUUCUGUGGCACUGAGGAUCCUGAGGCAGGAUCUGUCCCACCACUGACAGACCCUAGAAUCAAUGGGAACAGCCAGGAGGGGCCCCUGGGAUGCACCUCAUACUCCUACUCAGCCACGGAGCGGGCACGGGGCAGCACUUGGUCCUGGCGUGAUCUGGGUUGGGUCUCACACAAGGCUGCAUUCAUCCAGAACUGCGGGGGACAUGGCACUGUCACCUAAGCUGGGCACAGGUUAUCCCUGCCCUUAUGUAACCUGUUGCAUAAAGCGGGUGUGUGGGCAGGGGUGCUGCCAGCAGUGGGGGCUGUAAAGGUGGGUGCAGCCUCUCCUGCCCACAUCCACUCCAGGGCAAGGAUGACAGCAGCACUGCCCAGCCUGGCUCUGGCCCUGCUCUACCUGCUGCAGGCAGGGGCCCAGGUCCCUGUGCAACUGCACUUGGACACUGAGAAGGUAACCUCACAGAUUUCUGCCUGGCACAUCCUGCCUGGGCUAGCUGGGGCAGGGCAGUGCUGCACCCCUGGGUACCCGCCAGCCCCAUCCCUGAGCCAACACCAGGACAGCUUCCAGGAGAGCCUGUGCAAAACCAGGUUAGUCCUGGCUGCUGUGUCCAGUGCCAGCAGUAGCCCCACUGCAAGGACACCAACGCAUGGGACCAUGAUGUCCCCAAGCAUGUGGCACUAUCCCCAGGGAACAUGGGCCAGGUGCUGCACAUGUACUCUUAGCAUGGGGCAGGACAGGGUGCUCUGCGUGCAGGAAGGUGGCAGGUCCCCGUGUCUGCCUGGCUGGUCCCCACAGAGGAUUGCAGGUUUCUACCUGGGGUGUCGUGUUCCCCAUGCUGGAGGGCCGAUCUCCACAGAGGGUGGCAGGUCCCUGAAGAGGGCGACAUGUCCCCACAGACAGUGGCAGGUCCACUGCAGGUUGUCAAAUUUCUGCAGUGGGCUGCCAGGUCCCCCACGGAGGAGUGCGGAUUCCCCUGGCAAGUCCCCACAACUUUUCCAAAUUCCACUGGUGAUGUCCUGCUGCAGUUUGCAGGGGUGUGGCAUGUCACAGCCAUUGCUUUCAACUGCUCCAUCUUCCUGAAGAUGAGGGAUGGGAUGAAGUCAUCCAUGGCCAUCAUCAGCUUCAUGCCAGAAGGGGACCUGGCCAUGAAGUUGGUCUGGCCCUUGAUGCACAAAUGCCAAAAGUUUGAGCCUCUCUUCCAGCGGAGCGGGCAGGCAGGACACUACACAGGUAUGUCGAGGGAGCAGGACCUGAGCCCCCAGCUCCUGCAGAAGUUCAUGGAGCUCAUCCCCACCAUGGGACUGACUAAGGACAUGCUGGUCAUCCUGCCCAAGUCAGGUGAGUGGCCCAAGGGCACAGGGUGGCAGCUGUGGCCCCUCUGCAUGGGGGCUCAGGGUGUUGCCAAUGGCACACUUACCCCUCUCUUUGCUUUCCAACAGAUCAGUGCACCAGGGACAUCAGGUGAGUGUGGCCAGGGAAAGCUGUGACUCCCUUCCAGCAUAGCCUGGGCUGAGCAGGGACUUGCAGGCCCUGGGUGAUUCCCCACAUGCCUCGGGACUCUGUCAUCUUGGCUGUGCCCUGCUCUGAACAGUUGUCUGCCUGUCUUGUCUCUGCAGCUGAAGUACCAUGUGUCCUCUAGACCUAGUGAACUACGGGCUCUGCAUCCCACUCCAUGGUGCUCCUUCCCGUCCUCCAGGCUCUGCCAGACCCCCUGCUUCGUACCAGGAUCACCCUCAACCUCCUAAAUAAAUAGAUGCAGAAACUGC